GUUACCCAGCUGUGGGAGGGCAUCAUAUGACACCCUCCCAGAAUGCACCCUCUCGUGUGCCCCCACGGGCACGCACCCAGCGAUCUCCGUGAUCGCUGUGUCCUACAGACACAGCUGAUCACGGGCGGACUGACCAUUUGGAAAUUCGGGCACUGCCCGAGGGCCCGGGGUCAGUAGGGGGCCCCAUGAGAUGCCCCUGGUACAUUUUUCAUAGGCUUUUUAGAGUUUGGGCAAGGACACAGGGGCCCCAUGAUCCCCUAUUGCCCGGGGGGCCCCAUGAGUUGUCAGUCCGCCCCUGCUGGUGUUUGCGCAGUGAACAUUCUCAGGAUAAAUCUAUUCCAUCAUCUGUGUUGCAUCAUCACUUGCCCCUCUUUGGCUAAACA